AUGACAUCACAAUCAAAUAUUGAAUAUGAAGCAGAAAAGUUUUCAAAACUUGCGGAAAAUUGGUGGGAUGAAAAUGGAGCCAUGAAAGCAUUACACAGCAUGAACCGAGUGAGAGUUCCUUUCAUAAGAGAUGGUUUGAUAUCCAUGGGUUGUGGGGAACCUUACACUUCCAAACCUUUGCAAGGUAUCAAGAUAUUAGAGGUUGGUUGUGGGGCCGGCGUAUUGUGUGAACCACUAGCUCGACUAGGAGCAUCAGUGCUUGGGAUCGACGCAUCAGAUAAUGUCCUGGAAGUUGCAAAGAUACAUAGAGAUGGCAACACAGAGUUAUCAGACCUUCAAUACAUCGAUGCUGAUCUCGAAGACAUCGUUGGUGCGGGUACGUUACGGUUUCAUGCAGUUGUUGCAUCGGAGGUGGUUGAACACGUUGAAGAUAAGACGAAGUUUAUCAACAAUUGUUGUUCGCUGUUGAUGCCGAAUGGGUCCUUAUUUCUCAGCACAAUCAACAGGACCCAGGUCUCAUACCUUCUAGCAGUGCUUAUGGCAGAAGAGGUGUUGGGUGUUGUACCACCAGGCACUCAUGAUUGGGAGAUGUUCGUUACAACGGAUGAGAUCAAGUCAUAUUUAAAUCAAGGAAAUUGUGAAAUACAGAAGAUAGUUGGAAUGAAUUACAAUCCACUUAAUAAUAAGUGGACUAAGUGUCAAAAUACCAGUGUUAAUUAUAUUUUACAUGCUGUUAAAAAAAAUGACAUCAAUGCAGACACUCAGUGA